CUACUUUCUUCGAGUUCUCGUGCCUUUAAGAAGCUUCUCUGUCAAUGUAUAGCAGAUUCUAACGAUCAAUAUUUUCCUUCGAAACCUAUAAUCACACUACGAGUAAAUUCUCUUCGAGUAAAUAAGAAAAAUCGAGCUUGUGAAGAUGAUUUAUGAGUAUCGAUGAAAUUUAUAUUUUCUAUGCGGCGAACUUUUCUCUAAUAACCUCCAAAAUGUGCGUUCGGCAUCAUGAAUAAGAAUGCAUCUAUCGAUUAUGAGGAACACGCUGUAACCCCUAUCGAUAGUUGAGAAUAUCGCAUGCACGUGACUAUAUAUUAUUCCAUUUUAACGAUUUCAAGUAAAAAUAACAUAUAUUAAAAUGUGACACAACGAUCGAGUUACUUUUGAAAAUGUAAAAACGCAGAACAAUCGAGAUAAAAGUCCAAUCGAGAAAACUCAUUGUUUUAUCAAGAUGGGAAGCGCAGUUAGUAGUGGACAAAACAAUGACGAAUUGGUAGAUAAUUUAAUGAAAUCUGGUUACAUAAGAACAAAGAAAGUUGAACAGGUAUUCAGAGCCGUUGAUCGUGCUGAUUACUUCUUAACGUCGCAUCGGGAAAGCGCGUACAAGGACCUUGCUUGGAAACAUGGCAAUAUCCAUUUGUCGGCUCCAUGCGUCUACAGCUUGGUGAUAGAAGGUCUUUCCUUGGAGCCUGGAUUGAGUUUUUUGAAUCUUGGAUCAGGAACUGGAUAUCUUAGUACAAUGGCAGGACUAAUACUGAGUCAAUAUGGGACAAAUCAUGGUAUAGAAUUACACGAGGAUUGUUUAAAAUAUGCGUAUGAGCGUUUAGAAGAAUUUAAACAAAAAUCUUUAGCUUUGGAUGAAUUUGACUUCUGCGAGCCUUCAUUUGUACAAGGAAACUGUUUAAGCACUGUACCUGGCAGACAGUACGAUAGGGUGUAUUGUGGUGCAGCUUGCCCGGAAAGUCAUGAGGCACUUAUCAAACAGUACGUUAGAGUUGGAGGAAUUCUAGUGAUGCCUUUCAAAGAUCAUUUACUCAGAAUUCAAAGAGUAGACGAAAAUACUUGGACGCAUCAUACGAUGCUACCCGUAUCUUUUGCUCCUUUAAUCGUGCCUACGUCCGACGAACAAAAUUUAUUCCAUUUACCGGAAUGCGAUCCAUUAUCUUUACAAGAAUUAUGUCGUGAUAAAAUCAGACAUAGACUGAGGGAAAAUGUCUGGCGACAACAUACGGAAUUGGAAACCAGAAAACCUAUACUGCCGAGACAACAAAGAUCUAGUCUACCUCAACGUACCUUGAAACGUUUUGUAAUACCUAUUUUCGAAGAAUCGGACGAAGCUCUUUUCGACGAAGAUGAGGAAUUUGCAGGAAGAGCUCGUUUAUUGCUCAACGUAGAUACUCAUCCCGGAGAGGCUAUUACAACUACCUUACAGUUGGUAAGAGCUGUCAUACAGCCGCAUCAAGGUGAAAAUAGGCAACAUUGGCAGGAAGCAAAUGACGACGACAGCGAUGGACAAUAUAUUGUUGCUUCCGUUGAUCUGCAUCACGACAAUAGCGAAGAAAGAAAAGAAAACGAUAGCGAGGCGUUACUUACUGAAUCAGAAAGAGCUAAUACCAGUGAAAAUAAUAUCGAUUCGAGCUGCGAUCUAUCGGAAAUGCAAAAUCAAUCCUGUCAGACCAUAGAACACCGCUCGUCUUUAUCAGAAGUAUAUACAAAUAUGAGCGAAAGCGAUAGCGAACCAGAACAAGAGACAUCUUUUACUCAACGUAAGAAAAUAGCGAAGCGCGAAAAAACUGAUAGCGGCAUCAUUGAGGAUGCUAAUCUGACCAACGACGAUGGUAGUUCUAGUUCAAAUACGAGUCAAUCAGAUUCUAAGAAUACCGACGAUUUAAAUUCUAUGGAAGUCGAUUUAUCCGAUAUAACGAUCAAUAAGUCCAUGAAGAAUAUGUACAAGUCUUAUCCCGAUCCUGCGGAAAACAUUCCAAAUGAGAAUGUAAUAUUUGGACAUUAUGUAGAUGGCAAUGCUUUUUCGACGUACAUGAAAGAAAAGAUACAUCAAUUACCAUUGCCCUUUUCAUUAAAAUUGUACAUAAACUAUAAUCGACAUCUGUAAUAUAUACAUAGGAAAGUGAUUAGACUUAAUCGUUACUCUUUAAUUUAAAUAUUCUAAUAAAUACAUAACUUCUUAUAUUACGCAGUACUCCAUCGUUUUUCACAGCUGUUCUCCAGCUACAACAGCUGAACUUCGUAUGUUACUAAAAUAUCUUUGUAAAAUAAUUUUACGAAGUGUUACAAGUGAUAUUUGGCGGCCAAAAUGUUCUUUUAUUUAAAGUACGUAACUUUCCAUUUUUUCAUUUUUCUGUUCUGUUGUCAACAUCGUCGAAAAACAAAAAAGGGAAAUAGUUGUUAGAUAUUAAUCUUGUACGGUGAAUUAUUUUCGAGAUUAAUAUAUAUAUAUAUAUAUAUACAUACAUAUAUAUAUAUAUAUAUACAUACAUAUAUAUAUAUAUAUACAUACAUAUAUAUAUAUAUACAUACAUAUAUAUAUAUGCAUAUAUAUAUCACUGUAGAUUUUCUCAACGAUACUCCAUAACUUUCAUUAUUAAUAUCGUAGAGAAGAUUUCUGCAAGUGAGAAAGCAACGAUCAACGGUGGGAUUGCAUUGUCAUUGAUAUUGUUCUACUGACCGAAUAUGAUUAAAGCGGCAAAAAUGACUGCCUUAUCGUAUGAGCGUGUAUGCGUCUAUUUACAUGUAUGUACAUAUCUCUUUACCAGAUUAUUAAAGCCCGUUUUAUGUGAGAUUCUUUGACAAAAAAGAAAAAUCAAGUUCUAUACAAAUUUUCGAAGGGUUGUGAUAAACAUUGAAUUGAAGAAUGCGUAAGGAUUUUUUUUUAAUCGACGUAGAUUAAACGACCGACACAUCGUACCACACGCUACUUAGGAUAAGAAAUACACAGAAAUAAAUGUACAAAAUGAAAAAUAUAGCGGACGAAUUCAAAUAUACAUAUUUAUCGAACUUCCCGACGAUAAAGUUUAGCCGACAAUGAGUGUUGAAAUCGGAAUAGCAUCUAUUAAUUAAUUUCGUAUGGUAAUGAAAAAUUCAUAAACGAUAAUCAAGAUAAUAAGUUUUUAGUUUAAAGACUAUCAUAGAGUUUCUAAUUAUACAAAUAAAUACUAUUUAGUAAUA